AUGAAGAAGUUCGAAGACUUUAAGAUGCAACCAAACGAGACGAUCAUGGAGAUGGAGUUAAGAUUCACAAGAUUAAUGGGAGACUUAUCAGACCUUGGAAAAGAACUCACCGAAAAGGAGAUGAAUCUAAAAAUUCUUCGUGGAUUGCCGAAGUCAUGGGAAAUGAAGGUCAUCGCGAUGAGAGAUAAUCGUGACAUGAAAACAACACCCACAGCCAAAAUCUUCAGUGAUCUCAAAGCAUAUGAGUUUGAACAUGAACCGAAAGAUGCCGAGGAACCAGAAACGAGAAAUAUUGCCCUCGUAGCAAAUCAGGCGGCAUCAAACCCCAACAGCCACCGAAAGAGGCAUGAAAGCUUUCCUCAGGCCUCAAAGACCGAAACCACUGAUUCACAGCUGUUGUGCUACAACUGCCGAAAGCCAGGGCACUUCAAAGCAAACUGCCCCUAUCCAAUGGUUAGCAAAUAUCAAGAUGGCAACAAUAUCACAAGCUCUUCAAGGGAAUCUGGAGAAAAGCACAAGAAAAGUGAUAAACCAGAAUCAUCAAAUUCCAAGAGUGAGGGAAGAAGAAAAGCAAUGGUGGUUGCCGAAAACACUGAAAAAGCUAUACCCGAAACUAAGAGCAAUGCAGAUCUCAAUCAAGAAUGGCACAACAAGCUAAGCCACUUGAACAUGAAGACAAUAAAUAAGCUUGCAAAAAGGAAUCUUGUGAGAGGCUUACCCGAAACAUCUUACACGAAAGAUAGGUUAUGUGAUGCCUGCCAAAAGGGAAAACAGCUGAGAUCGUCCUUCAAGUCAAAAGAUGUAGACACAAGUUCUCGAUCUCUAAGCCUUCUGCACAUGGAUCUUUUUGGACCAAUAGAUCCAGCAAGUUUAAGCGGAAGAAAAAACGGCUCUGCCAAAUCUUCUGAAGCAACUUCAAACAGAAAAGGAAGUCAAAAUAACAAGAAUCAGAUCGGAUCAAGGAACCGAAUUCGUCAACAAAGUGAUAAAGGAUUUCUGUGCUCAAAAUGGAAUAUUUCAUCAACUCUCGGCAGCACGAACGCCUCAGCAAAAUGGAGUAGCCGAAAGAAGAAAUAG